AUGGAUAACAGCAGUGGUCCUGUUCUUCUCCUUACCUUGCUCCUGCUGCAGAACACGAGCAGCCCCAAAGCCUCCUCCCCUCCUGCUGGCUACGAGAUGGCAGAACCUCCAGCCCCAUGCACCGGCCCCAGCAGGAACCACUCUCUGGUAGAGUACGGGCUGAGGCCGGGGGAAAUCACAGCUGCCAGCGUGGUUUGGGGAGUGCUGUGGCUGAUCUCUGUCUUGGGAAACUUCCUUGUUUGCUUAGUGAUCCACAGGAGCAGGAGGACACAGUCCACCACCAACUACUUUGUGGUGUCCAUGGCCUGUGCCGACCUGGUGAGCAGCGUGGGGAGCGCGCCCUUCCUGCUGCUGCAGCUGAGCUCCGGGCGGUGGAUGCUGGGCAGCGGCGUGUGCCGGCUGGUCAGGUACAUCCAGUACCUCACGCCCGGGGUCCAGAUCUACGUGCUCCUCGCCAUCAGCGUGGAUC